AUGGCGUCGGGGCUUCCGCCAGGAAAUCUCAGGCAUUUGGAAGUCGCCGGUGCAGCAAUUGAGGCUUUCGUGACCAACAGAGCUCAGGACGUAGACGAGUGGGUGCAGCAGUUGGAGGAUCCAUGUGGGGGGACGAAGAUCGUCGGUCUCUCCUUCUUCUGGGAUGUCUGCUCCCUCCCCGACGGCUCACUCCGGCGGACAAUCUACUCCAUCCACGUCUCCUACGUGGGGAAAUUGCUGGUUUACCACCUCUCCGCGGAGGUCAACGGCGUCAUCUCUACCAGCCUCGUCAACUUCCUCUGCGAUCUCCGCAACAUCUUCUUCGGCGAGGACAUCCACCGGAGCCUACAUGCACUAGGGUUUUACGGCCGCUGCAGGCACAGUUUCACGAUGGAGCUGACCGAGGUGGCGCGGAUCUGCGGCGUCUCCCCCGCGACCGUGUUCGCCGGCGAGGUUCCGCCUCACGUGGCUCUGGGGGUGGUUCUUCUCACGGACCUGGAUACAGGCCUUCUUCAUGUCACGGAUCUUGGGAGCCUUCUGCCCUGCACUUGGCCGAUGAACGACUUUCAGGUCCAGCUCGCCGCGCAGACGUCCUUCGUUGCUCAGAAGCUCGGCAUGUGCGUGUACUCGCGGAACCUUUUUUAG